AUGCAACCACAGGCCCAAUGCCCGCCAAAGUACCCCACGAGCCCAGCACCCCCCGAAGACACCCACACAAACCCAGCUCCCCAGAACUAUAACCACAAACCCAGGCCAACCCAACUGCACCUACGGGCCCAGACCCCACCCAAGUGCACCCACGGGCCCAGCCCCACCGACUACCCACAUGCGCCCGGCCCGGCCUCCACCCAGGGGCAUGCAUGGAACCAGGACCCCACCCCCCACAGCUACACACCUCAGCCCAACCAUCCAAACUGCACCCCUAGGCCCAGCCCAACCCAACUGCACCCUCGGGCCAUCCAGCCCCAUCUGUACCCACAGGCACAGAACCCUCUGGCCCAGCCCUCCCCGAAAUGCAACCAACGGCCCAGUACCUGCCAAAGUUCCACACGGGACAAGCCACCACUAAGGUACCAGCCACCACCAAGGUACCCCCAGGGACCAAGAACCCCCAAAAGUACACCCACGGUCCGACGCCUACUCAACUGCACCUACGGGCCCAGCCCCCAUCCAACUGCACCCACGGGCCCAGCCCCCACCAACUGCCCCCAUGGGACCAGCCCCACCAACUACCCACACAUGCCCAGCCCGCACCCAGGUGCAUGCAUGGGACCAGGACACCCCCACCUCCGGGUACACACCUGA